AUGGACAACAUAUGGGAGUUAUGGCGACAACGCCAUCAGGUAAGCUUAGAUAGAAUAGGGAUGCUUUCCGCGAUAGGGACCAACUGGUUCUUGGCACUGGCUUCUAGCCACCACCAGAAGCACUUUCAGACCCGCAAAGAGCGAGAAGAACAGUACCCGCCUUCAUAUCCAGACUGCUACUCUCCAACACAUUUUGCCGAUGCUCCCAUGAAGGAGCUGCAACCUUACACGAACAAAGAUGCACUUUCGAACAAAUACACCGACAAUAUGUAUGAAUACACAGAGAGACCAAACUGUUCGCAAACAAACAUGGAUUGUGGAUCAAAAUAUCUCUUUUGUCACAACGUCGUAACCUUCUAUCAGUGCAUGGCAAAGCUUCGAGAAGGUGCGAAUUGUGAGGGAUUCGAGCAAACGCCAAUUUGCUAUGAAGGCACGUGUCAAAGAGGUCGUUGUUUGCGAAGCGUCGUUGAAAACGGACCGGACUCAGCAGAUUUUAUGUAA